CCAUUCAGUUGCUAUGACCUCUAACAGGGCUUGUGUAUUUCAGGUUGUGUUUUGUUGAGCACAGUACCAUAUGGACUUGGCAUCAGUUGCACGUUGCGUCGCUUCAUAGUUUUUAUUAGUUGUUUUUAAGUUUUAACCAUGCUGAAAAAUAAUGGGAAAAAGACAGCGAUCUGUGUAGCCUGCACGGGAUGCCUCUGCCUGCUGCUGCUGGUGGUCGCUGUGCAGCAUCACCGCGUUCAGGUGACGGAGGAGGCGGACGGAGAGGACGCAGCUGCGCGCUCGGUGCCGGAGGACAGCGCCCGGCUCGCCCAGGAUAAGAAAGGAUUCUCGACCUAUUUCACCAAGCUGACCCGGGGACGGAGGGAGGCGGAGAAGCCCGCACGGACCUCUGCCGCCGCCUCAGAACCUCCUCCGGCGGAGGACAUCAGCGCCGCUGACAUCUUCAUCGCCGUGAAGACCACCAAGAAGUUCCACCAAUCCAGACUGAACCUACUGCUGGAGACGUGGAUCUCUAGAAACAUGCAACAGACCUACAUCUUCACUGAUGGGGAGGACGAUGAGCUAAAGAAGAAAAUCGGAAUUCACGCAAUCAACACCAACUGCUCUGCGGCUCAUAGCCGGCAAGCUUUGUCCUGCAAGAUGGCGGUGGAAUACGACAAGUUUAUUGAGUCAGGGAAAAAAUGGUUCUGUCAUGUAGACGAUGAUAACUACGUGAAUGUUCGUACUCUUGUGAAGCAUUUGUCUCAGUACCCCCACACCCAGGACCUGUACAUUGGUAAACCCAGUCUGGACAGGCCAAUAGAGGCCACAGAGAGGCUGGGUGAAAACAAAAUGAAACCAGUCAAUUUUUGGUUUGCCACGGGAGGAGCUGGGUUCUGUGUGAGCCGGGGUCUGGCACUGAAGAUGAGCCCAUGGGCCAGUGGUGGUCAUUUUAUGAACACAGCAGAAAAGAUCCGCCUACCUGACGACUGCACCAUUGGCUACAUCAUCGAAUCGGUUCUGGGAGUCCCUCUGACUCGAAGCAGCUUGUUUCACUCCCACCUGGAAAACCUGCAACAGGUGUCCCGAUCUGAGAUUCACAAGCAGAUCACUCUCAGUUAUGGGAUGUUUGAAAACAAGAGCAAUAUUGUCAGCUUGAAAGGGGCUUUUUCUGUGGAGGAGGAUCCAUCAAGGUUCAAGUCUGUGCACUGUCUCCUGCAUCCAGACACUCCAUGGUGUCCCUCUCAGGUUGCCUUCUAGGGUGACCGCUCCUUUCUCAUCCUCGUCCCCGUCGUGCCUCGGUAUCUGAAAGGCUCACGGGGACCAGUGUUUUUCGUAUGAGACCGUGUAAGCUGCUGCGUUCUCGCUGCAGCCGUGCGUGGUCUUUAAUGGUUUUACUAGGCUGCUGUGCGGCCCAUCUUUGGACUCUUUUCUUCCUCUCUGGACUCUGAACUCAUCCCAAAAUGCUUGGGUGGAGGAUUUCAGCUGUCAGAAGGAAGUAGCUUUUGCUAUUUAGCUUUGCAGGCAAUCAGUUGUGCUUUUGUGAUGUAUAUGUUGCUUGUAAAUGCAUCAGCAAUUCUCAUAGAAUGUAUUCUCAUAUAUCCGAGCCUUUUGCCAGCUUUCUUUUUUUCCUGUUAAAAACUGUAAUGCCACUCAGGUUUAUGCUUGGCUUUGAGAUUUUCAUAAUGCGAACAUUUUUUGUCUGCCAAAUUCGUUCAGUUCCAGAUGACUCCGGAUAAAUGCUCUGAGAUGAAGAUUUUGCUGUAAUUUACAUGAACAGUGUUACUUUUCCCACAACCUGAGCUGGCAGUUGGCAGAUUUCCAAAUGCAUUUUUCUUUGUGGGACUUAAUCUGAAGUAUGUCAGAACAAAGCACUUUUCCCCUCUUAUUUUAAAAAAAAGACACAUUUUAAGAUUAACUGGCUGAGUUUACAUUCUUUUAUGACAUACUUCAGAUUUGAUUCCAAGCUAAACAAAAAUAACCCCCUAAGAAUCUAAUUUCCCUGUUCAUUCCUAUGUAUUUAAUAACACUCGUUGCAUUAGUUACAAUCAGGGAAAAGCAAUGAGUGGAAGAGAUUGUGUUUUGGGAGUGGGGGGUAACGGUCUGCUUUGAAUAUGUUUUAUGCUGUUUAAAAAUUGCACAGCUGUGUAUUAAAUGACCUGACGUUUGCAUCUCACCUCUACAGACCCCUCACGGUGGAGAAUUACUGGCUAAAACAGCCAAAAAAACAAACAUCUGCUCGUAUAAUCCGAGCUGCAGUCUAUUGUGGCUUGCACAAAAAGAACUAAGGGUUUAUCUGUUUUUGUCAACACGAUUAGUCCUUAUUUACACAUAAAUCCAGCUGGUUAUUGUUGAGGCCUGUGAGGUGAGAGCAGCGUCAGUGUUUCCACAUGGAGGUGUUUUGAUCCCUCUGUGUCCUCUCUCACCCAUAUUGGGUUUCAUCUUUAUGGCAGUAUUGUAUACUGCACUUUUGUUUAAAAGAAUAGUGAUUGUGUAGAAUGUAAUUUUCUCAUUGUGGUUUACACCAGUUUUAGGAUUUGUUUUAUUUUUUGGCUAUUGCUUUGAACUGUACUGCAUGACUGGUGUUUAUUCUCCAGUAUCUGGAGGGUUUUAACAGUUCAUUCCCACAUCUGACUUCUCAGGGAUUAUGAGCUGAUCCUGGUAUUAACCACCAAGGGACCCACGGUGGGACCCGAAAAGUCAAAUAAAAGCACAAAACCACUGGGAAACUUCCA